AUUAAAUAAAGUAUCUAACUCCUUAUUUUACGCGUGAAUCAUUCGACGAAUUUAACAGUUCGCGCGAGGUCAAGGGCUGUUCGCAAAUCGUGCGAACAAACUAGCUCCAUAGACAGUGCAAAGUUUCGUGCAUUAAAUUUAUCAAAACUCGAGUAUGUAUGCUGGGUUUACAUAACAUCGAGUGAAAGCGAAAGAUUGAAUUAUAUACACACUUGUUUAUAAAAUAGGAGACAGUCACAAAAUUACUGUAAAUAUACAUACAUACAUACAUAUAUACAUGUGUACGUACACAUCGCGCGAAAACGAAUCGUUUCUACAUAGUCGAGUAACGUACCGGUUGUUGGUACGAAAAUAGAAAAUAAUACUGAAAUGUUUGUGUAACAUUGCAUUUUUAGAAAAACGUAUCAUCGCGACUCGAAUCGUUGAUAACAGCAAAGUUCAGUCUGUCUGUACAUAUCGCAUUAUAUUAACGUGUGUAGCUGAACGAGGGUUAUGAACAAUAAAAAGAAUUAUUUUGUACACGCUGUAACUUAUUCCUCGACGUACCCGAUUCUAUCGAGCACAACAUCACGGUAAAAGAUUUCAAAUUGCCAUGACUACAUCGAGUCGAUCGCAACAACACUAGUCUCGAUCAAAAUCGACUGGUAGUUGCUUCAUUCAUAGAGCACCGAUAUCGUCCGACAUACGAUUUAUCUCUUCGAAAAUAAUCCAAAUAUGAAAGUAUAUCACCUGUUCGAUAAAAAAUAGUUUACGUCAAGAUGUCUCCUGUGUAACAACAUGAACGGACGAUUCCGUUUAAACUGCAUGUACAUUCUUGUCCUGUCGAUGUUGCUUCAUUCGAUUGUGUCUUAUUGCCGUUCGGAAUUCGUUAAGGACAUCAUCAGUAACACGGAAAUUAGUAACUGUGCGACCGAGGAGCCACGCAACAAGAUAGAUCCCUCGAUCGAGCAAAUUUUCCGAGGACCGAUUGAAAAGAAAAACGAUGCGAUCGAUAUCGAAAGCAAAAGCGUUCGAGUGAAACGAGAGAACAAGAAGGCUAACGAAAAGUCUCUAAACGAAGAGAAACGGUCGUUAAAAUUUAAAAAAGCGGCAUCAAAGUCACGAUCUUCUCGAGAUCUCCCGAAGCUUCCGAACAAACGAUUCACCGAUUACGACACUUCCGCUGAUCAGGACGCGUCCGAAUACGCCGACGAAGUCGAGGACGAGUCUGCGGCAACUUCGAAGAACAAAGAAUCUGGGUACAGAAGCCGUCAGUUCCUCGUUGGCGAAAAUUCGGACAGAUUCAUCGAUCAGGAAGAACGAUCCAGCCUUUACGAUGAUUUUGAAACGAAAGACGUGGCGAAAAGAGGCAUCUCCGGAGCCGAAGACUACGAGGAACUCGACGAAGAUUUCAUCGAGUCCGAGGAAGACGCGGCAGUGGACGAACAAGAAUCCGUUGACGACGAAAUCGACAAGAAGAAGGUUCGCGGUGACUCCAGAGUAAAGAGAGAGCACGAUGACUCGAAGGAAUCGGAAGCACAACAGGUUUCUGCGAAAACCGAAGACGUCGCGAGUCCAAGCGACUUUGUCAAUGACGCGAAAGUCGAGGAUGUUUCUAUGAACAGAGACAUCGUCUCGGAAGGAAGAGGCAAGUCGUCGGAUAGUCAGAUUAACAAAGUCGACUCGAACGAUCAGGAACAUUUGAAGAGGGACGCUACUGAAAAGCAAGAAAUCGAUUCGAAGGUGAGUGCCGAUCGGGAGGGUGAUGCAUCUAAGCAAACGUCGGCGCUAAACGAGCAGGCAGUAGCGAAGAUCGACGAAAAUCCGAAAACUUUGAGUCAAGAGACCCAGGAGGAUUCUGCGGACCAAAAAGCACGAGAGGAAAUCGGUUUGUCGAAUGACAACAAAGCCGCUAACCAAUUGGUCAGCGAUUCGUCGGGUCUGAAAAGUUCCUCCAAAGUGGACGAAUCGAAGGUUGCAGAAAUUUCGAGGCCAGAAGCGACGAAUGUCAACGGAGCUGCAGACACCUCUGCAUCCAAGGACGUUGCUAAAUUAGAUUCUUCGAAGAAUGUCGAGACGGUUCCGCAAGAUCAAGACAGCGAUUACGAGAAACGGGUCGAAGAGCGGAUCCAGAGGAAGAUCGACUCGAUCAAAGAGGAGAUCAAGAGAGAGAUCGAGGAGAAACAACGUAUCAGGGAGAUCGAGGAGAAUAACGCGAAAUUCGACGAGUUACACGAGUUAGAGGACGAGGACGAAGAGCAAGCUUCUGAAUCCGAGUCUCAGAAACGCGAGAAUCUAGUUAAGAGGUCUACGCAGAACUCUAGGAAGUCCGGAGAGCACGAGAACGCCGACAAAAGGUCGACGAGACGGAAGAAGAGACAGAACGAUGGUCAGGAUAAAGUGCAAAGCAAAGAAUCGGAUCCGACUAAAAAAUUAAUCCGAGAAACGCCUAAGAAGCGUACUAUUUUGAGGGAAACAUCUCUACAGAAACGAGACAAUCCAAGACAAGUGUUCCUGGUCAGGAACGCGGGUAAGAAGAGAAGAAGAAGGUCCAAGAGCUCGACGCUGGUUCAUGCACAACGCAGCGCAGAUUCCAGUUUGCACGGAGACGUUGACGACGAAAAGAAGAUGCUAGCGGAACAGGAUUCUCUAGCGGAGAAAAAGUCUGGCUCCGUGGCCUCGUUGACGGGAAACGGCGAAGAACUCGGUCCAUUGGCAACGGAAUACGGAGAAGCGUUUGGUGGAUUGCACGGUGAACCGGGCGUGGCUUUGGCUCGGUUUAAAAGGAUCAAACGAGUACUUCGACCUUCGUCCUCGAAAACCUGAGCAUACAGAACAAUCAUUUUCUUUUCGUACAUACGCAAUUGGCUCUAGAUUCAAGUUGGAAGAUUAAUCGCGAUCAACAGUAGAUAUAGUCUGUCACAAAAGCGUCCUCGCUUUUCUCCCUUUAAAUCUUACUUUUAACGUUGUAUAAUUCCGAUACAGAAUACGGAAAUAAGAAUAUAGAUAAUGAUAGUACAGAUGCACCGUUGAUCCUUUCAGUCCGAUUCUUCGUGGUCCUGGCGAUAUAUUUCUGCAAGAAGCGUCGAAUUAAUAAACAUGAGAAUGAAAGGAGUAAACCUAUGUAAGGCAAAUAGAAAGACGCAUUCGUAGACGUUCAAGAUUUAAUAACAAAGAUACGAUUAAACACGAAGAAGACACAUAAGAUCGUUAAACCCUCUUAUUUUUUGUGCGCAUACAUUACGGGUGGAGACUUUCUUUUUUAUUCUCGGCAAUCGAGACCCGCCGUCUCCUACUGUCUCGUCGUCAUCCAUCUCUCCUCAAUCAUCGUUCUACUUUACAACAAUAUGAAACAAUUAUUUACACAUCGACGGGCAGGAGGACCACGGUGUCGUGUGAAAAAUGUCGAAGGUGACGUUCUUUUAGUCUUUUUUUAUACGCGUGCGUCGUAUCGCAUCCACGAUUCGCAGUGUAACCUUUUUUAAAAUUGCCUUUUUGUCUUUUCCUUUUUUUUUUUAAAUCGUUCUAUCGUAUAAAAUUUACGAAGUCAUCGUUCGCGUCCAAGGCAGCCUACGCGUUAACCUCCACAGGGAUGGUAGGAACACCUGGUAAUUGUGAAAUGAUCCAAGGUUUCCUAAUUUGGACUUCAGGGAUUGUUUAUUCUGAAUUUCCACGGUAUAUAUCCGACUUCAAUGUACGUUUUCUAAGGGUGAAAUUAAAGGAAGGAAUAUACUGUUGUUUGCUACGCGUCGGUAUCCCUGUGGUGUUAAACGCGUAUGUUGAAAUGUUUGCGGUAAGAAAUGACUGGUACGCCUGAACAUUAACGCGACACGUCGAACGCACGCGUUUCACGAAGCUCCUUCGUCGCGUCUCUGAUCGUGGACACUGACUUAACGGGCGAAUUGCUCGUGCUAAUUGAUCCUUAAUUGGAUAAACUAACGAUAAGAGUGAACAUCAGUCUGACGAAAAGGCUGGUCAACGAGACGUUUGGGCAGCGAUCGUUAAAUAAAAAAAAAUUCACCACUUCUCGUUUCCGCUAAGAACGUUUUUCUUUUUCCGAAACGUUCGUUCUUAUUCGAUAACGAAUUACACGAUCUACUGCGACUAAGCGACGAACCUGUAAGUUCCAGUUAAAGAAUUGACUUUUGUAUAAUCAAAGAUUCUGAACCGAUCGUUUCGUUAUUUGUUCGCCUUGAAAGUCAUUAAAGUGUCUUUUGUUUCGUUAUAUGAUGGAUCAAUGGAUUAGUAAAAAAAAAAAAUGGCAACGUAAAGAGCGAGACGAGGCGAAAAAGCCACGGUUAAAUGAUAAAAUCGAAUCGACUCGAAUUUUGGCGAUGUACGGUGGAUUUGCGACGGACACUCUGCUUGGUACUUAGUGCAUAUCGAUAGAGACUUUGUUUUUAUUUAAAAAAAUCGAUGUCUGAGAAAUGGUGUUCACAAUAAUAUGGUACAACAACGUAACGGUAUUACAGACUUAAUAUAUAUAUAUAUUAUAUAUAUAUACAUAUACGUACACGUAUAUAUGUAUAUAUAUGCGUAAUAUUUAUAAUAAUAUAAGGUAAUUUCUUUACCACAAUAACAUGGCUAUAUACAAAUAUUACAAUGUUUCCUUCCUUCCUUUCUUCUUUCCAUUGUAUGUUCUUUAAACUCAUUCGAUACGAGACCAACUGCUUUUCUAUGUCCUUUGCCAUUUGUUUCCUCUCUCUUUUCGUGACU